GCGUUGUCGAUGGAAUGUUCUAGUGGCGGUAACACAAACGUUCUGCGGAGAACAUUCCGAGGAAGCAGUGUAGAGAGAAGGAAAUUGAGUAUUGAGGUUAAGGCCGAAGGGAAAGCAGAGAAAUCUCUGACCCUUAAGGAGGAUCACGUUAAACAAGAGUUUGAGCUGUGA